AUGUCAUACGAAAAAAUAACCAUUCUCUUUAUGAUCAAUCCAGACCCAAUAUUUUAUGGUAUGAUGGAUUAACUUAUAAUUGAAACUUUCUAAAAAUUAAAAGUAAAUUUAAUCAUCACAGAACUUGAAGAAUUAAGUGUUAUUAUUGGAAAUGUAUAAUAAUAAUUUAUUAUAGGAAAUAUCAUUCUUUAGAAAAGGAGAAUAAAUAUAAUUUGAUGCAUUUUUAGCAUAUGGAUACAUGUCUCCAAAACAUUACUAAGAUUACAUGUAUUUUAAUUUUGCUGCACAUUCUGCUAAAAAAAUUACACUUCAUCAACCUUCCACAGAGAUUACCUAGAUGUGGAGCCUCUUUCUCGCUAAAUACCUUUAAAGAAAAUCUUAGAAGAUUUAAUAACAAAUCUAUCAUAAAAGAAGUAUUAGGAUAUGAAGGGACUGGAGUUAAACUAUCAAUAAAUCAUAACUAAAGUAUGGAACUAUUUUGUAAGUCCAUGUGGAAUGGAGAAUAAGCCAUUAUACAAGAUUUUGUUGAUGAUACAAUAGGAAGAUCAAUUAGAGUUCUUGUGAUUGGGGGUAAGGCUGUUUCUGUCACUGAAUUUUAAGAUAAUGUGGUAAUUAUUAAUAUUUAAAUCUAGGAUUUCAAAUCUAAUGGAUAUAGUGAUGACUUCACAAUUGAAUCUAAAAUGGAUUCUGAUAAAAAAUGUGAAUAUUUUUAAAUUGCUGAAAAAGCUUGUGCUGCUAUUGAUCCCCAUUUGACUAUUGGAGGGGUUGAUAUUUUGGAUUCUAUGAAGAAUGGAAUGGUUGUUUUAGAAAUUAAUAGUUGGCCUGAAAUGACAUUUUCUUAAGAAGCCACAGGUCUUCCCCUCUUAGGAAAAUUUGGUUAUGAAUUCAUUGAGAAGAUAAUUUAUAAUAAUAGAGAUAGAACAAACUCUACUUGA